AGUCGACGCGCUCGUUCGGUCGCGCCGCCCGCGCUCAUGUUGCGCGCCUCCCGCCAAAACGUAACUUUUUAAAGAGCCCCGACCACUAGACCACAUGACACAGACGGCGAGAUCGCGACCCGAUGAACAGGAACGAUGAAACGCAGGAAAAAUGACACAGACAGUCUCGCUGCUGAAAUUCAUAAAAAUACCCAAGAAGCUGCAACGCAGACGUAGUGUGUAAUGGUAUAGGGAACAAACACUGCCACUGAAGUGCCUUACGAUAAUCCAACGACAAAAAACACGUAGUGAAAAUAAUAAAAAAUUAAAGUGGUGCUCGGUUACAAUAAUAUAGUAGACGAAAUAAUGUUAGUGGACGAAAAAGAACAGAUCACACUUAAGACUUAAGCGUUUACAAUGUUAGACGUUUUUCGCGGUUUAAAGAAUCUUAUUAAAGUGAACUAUGUACACAUCGAUUCGCCUGUAUUCCGCCUGCAUUACUCUAUAACGGUGAUAUUACUGAUAUCCUUCAGUCUCAUCGUUACGACUAGACAAUACGUGGGUAACCCGAUAGACUGCAUCCAUACUAAGGACAUUCCUGAAGACGUUCUCAACACUUACUGUUGGAUCCACUCCACGUACACGCUCAAGAGUUUCUUCAACAAGAAGGUGGGUGUCGAGGUCCCGUACCCGGGCAUCGGGAACAGCCGCGAGAAAGGGAAGGAAGAUAUGAGCGACAGGAAGAUCUACAAGUACUACCAAUGGGUGUGCUUCUGCCUGUUUUUUCAGGCUAUGCUGUUCUACGCUCCCCGGUGGCUGUGGAAGUCGUGGGAGGGAGGCAAGAUCAGGGCCCUCAUGAUGGACCUGGACGUGGGCGUGUGCACCGAGAUCGAGAAGAAGACCAAGAAGAAACUGAUCCUGGACUACCUGUGGGAGAACCUGCGCUACCACAACUGGUGGGCGUACCGAUACUACCUGUGCGAGGGUCUCGCUCUUGUCAAUGUUAUAGGGCAAAUGUUCCUCAUGAACCGGUUCUUCGACGGGGAGUUUAUGACCUUCGGGCUGGACGUCAUCGCGUACAUGGAGUCCGACCAGGAGGACAGAAUAGAUCCCAUGAUUUACAUAUUUCCAAGGAUGGUAAAAUGUACGUUAUUCAACAAAUUCGGCUCAUCAGGCGAGGUGGAGCGCCACGACGCACUUUGCAUCUUGCCACUGAACGUUGUGAACGAGAAAAUCUACGUCUUCCUCUGGUUCUGGUUCGUCAUCCUCGGAUUUCUCACCUUCAUCACGUUGCUGUAUCGGCUCGUCAUCAUCUUCUCUCCUCGGAUGCGGGUCUAUAUGAUGCGCAUGCGGUUUCGACUAGUCAGAAGGGACAACGUCGACACGAUAGUGAGAAGAAGCAAAAUGGGCGAUUGGUAUCUACUGUAUAUACUCGGGGAGAAUCUGGACUCCGUAAUAUUCAGGGACAUAAUGCACGAAUUCGCAAACAAACUGAACCACAAUUACCAGCACCACAUUCACGGAGUGCCAGACGCGUGACCUCCGAUCCCCGGGUGGGUGUUCCACACAUGACUAACGUCGUUGCAGCGUGACAUGGACCCGCCCGUCUAAAGCGCUACAGUGUUGUUUAGUCACAAGGGACGAGAACAAAUCUCUUUGUUUGACUAAGCAAUAGAAGUGCGGGCCUAGUACGCUGCCUUGCGAUACCCUGCCUAUUUCGGACAAUACUAGGGAGUGUAAAGACUUCUGGUGCGAUAUUAUCCGUAAUCGUAAGAAUCGUAACAGUGCAAUUCUAAACACGCAAUAAUAGUUUGUACUUAAUCUUUAAGAAUGUGAUCUCAGGAUGAAUCCUAUCGAAGGCCUUUGAAAAGUCAGCGAUGACGGCUACACCGUUAGAGUAUCUAGUGUUCAACUUUUAGAAGUAUUUUAUUAAUAGAUUCGCUGCUCGUAGUGAUUGAUAAAACAGCUUUCUUCUUUUCGAUUCUAGCUAAUAAUGAAUGUAAGCACACGGAUAGCACACAACUUAUCAUUUAUACACAAUAUCUCACCAAUUUACCAAAGAUUUAACAGACCAAUAAAGCAAUAUUAAAUAUUAAAAAUAUGAUAGUGUGGUAGAUAUACACAAGUAAGAUUCCAAAAGCGAAAAAAUCUUAUGAAUUUUUCCCUUUUUUCCUUCGUAACUAUUGUUCGUGUAUACUUUUGCGUGCCAAAAGACAUUUGACAAUAUGUAAUAAAGUAUCACUACUUUAAUUUAUUUACUUAAAUGAAAUAAAUUGACGAACUAGUAUUCUCCUACUUUCGAUCAAGCCGAAUUGAGAUUAUUUUCUUCGAUUAUAUCAUUUCCAAUAUCGUCAGAUUCAGUUGUCAUUAUAUUAUCUAAAAAACAUUACAGUUUUCCAAAUAAAUGUUACUCAAUACAAUUUCUAUAAUGUUAUUACCAAAUUUGUUGAAAUAUAUUCAAUAUGUCAAUUUGACUCUUUUCAACAAGUUGCUGCAUGAACUUUUUAAAUCUGAAUCUGAUUCUAGUUUUAAGAAAGAUGUAUUGAAAGGAACUUAGUUGUGCCUAAUUCGUUACCUCGUGCUAGACGAUGAUAUUGUUGGAAAUUGUUGUGUUCGUAUGGAUAUUGAUAGAUGAUGUGUAUAAUACAUUCUUGAGUCAAAUGAGCAUUUAAUAAUUUAAUUGUGAAUAUGUUUGAAAGUUAUACAUACAUUCGUAAUUAAUAUAGUUUUAUAAUAACGCUGGAAGAUGAUAUGCGAGAUAAAUACUCAUUUUCAAUCAAUAAAUGAUAUGCGCUACUUCCGAUGUGUUUUUUUUUUCGUUACUAUUUCAUACACGGUAAAAUUUGAAUUAGUGUAUAAUUAUUUGCCUUUGUUAACAUUAAUAGAACAUAUUAAAAAGCUGCAGUUUUAUUAUUUCCUAUCUGUAUAUAAAUGUUCAUUACCACAAUUUUAUUAUUAUUUCAAUAAAUAGUCAAUAAACUGUAAUAAGUAUAUAGACAGAAACAUCGGGUAUGGACAUCAUAAGUAGCGAUAUGAUUAUAGACACCUUUUUUCUUUAUCCCUGAAGUUAAAUAAGUAGAAGAAACGACUUUUUUAUUGACAUAUUGAACUUUACAAACAGAAUACUUAUAUCAAAUUCUUAUUUUUGACUCAAGAAAUGUGAUAUAUUAUAAAUGUCAAAAGGUUGUUCCAUUGUAAAAUAAUAAACGAAAAUGUAACAGAUUUAGUAUGAUUAUAAUAAGUAUGUCAAUGAGAUCAAUUAUGGCAAAAAUGUUCCUAAUGAUUAUUUAAAUAACCCCUCGAGAGGUUUAAUUUUUAAAAUUAUAAAAAUUUCCAUCGAUACAGUAAAAUGAAUAGUGGAUAUAAUAUAAUGCUGUAGUAAGUUCGAAAUGCCAAAUAUCGUGCCAAAAACCCCACUUUAACUGUGGAUAUUUGUUCUGUAGACAUGGAAAAACAGAACCAUGACAAAAUCGAUUAAAGUAUAUGAAAUC